CCUAUGGAGCGACGGGACAACAAUAUUUGUAUGACUGGAUCAAGUAUUGCACACUGAAGGCAUGAAACAUCUGGGAGGGGCAGGACUGCUGUGACAGCGUUGAGUUGGUUGGCUGUCUGGGUAAAACAGAAGGUUUUCAUCCGGUGCAGAAGGGAAACCUUUCUUCUCUCAGAGCAGGUCUGCUGAGAUGCGCAGGGCUCCGACGCAGCGGAGGUCGCGAGGCUGCUGGUGAAUUACAAUUGGGAUGCGAAGCCAGCAUGAACCAGAGGCUUUUUUCGUGUAUUACGAAUUACUGCUCAUUUUAUUGAUUAAGGCUGUAUUCUUGGGAUGAUUUCAUCCUGUGGUCCGACGCAGGAAUGAUUAUUUUUUUCGCCUUGGUUGUGCUACACAGGACCGCGGAGACCUCCGAAGGCAUCGGUCAUGCUCUCUGGAUUCAGCUCUAGAUACUUGAGCAGAGGUGCAGUGGCUCCCCCUGAUGGUACCUGGCGUAAUCUGAUCUAGGAGACACCCAUGCCCAUCUACUGCUGACUUGCAAGAAAUGCACCAACUGACUCUCCACCUCAAGACAACAUAUGGCUGAUACUGCAAGGUGAGGACGUGGUUGGGAGUGUGAGUUGUAAAGUCCCCAGAAUUACAUCACAUGGAGGUCAAAGGACAUCUGAUCACAUCCAUGGGUUUGGGGGCUCCCGAUGUUCAAGGCAGCCAGGACAACAAGCUGCAGGCUGAGAGGAUUGCAGCUUUGCAAGAGAGGAAGCAGGCCCUGGAGGCUCUCCUCAGCACCAGAGUGGGAGAGCUCAAACAAGUCUGUUUGCAGGAAGCGGAGCUGACUGGGAAGUUGCCACGUGCUUUCCCCCUGGAGACGGGAGAAAAACCCCCACUUGUGCAGCGCAGGGCUGGCUUGCCGCCCAACACCAAGGCAGAGGAUGAGGCUGCCCAAAGAAAGCAGAUGAAAGCCAUCUUCACCGGUGCUCUGUACAGACACUCGGAAUCGGAUCGAAAUGUCCCAAAUAGCAAGAGGACAGUCCAUCGGGGGUGUCACACAGAGGACACUGUCAUGUCAGAAAGUACAAGCUCCAUGUCAGAUUCAACUUCCCAUGACAAUGAGUCUUCUCCCAGCGUGGCUGCUGACCAGCGCUCUCUGUCGCAGCCCCGUCUCACUGUGGGCAGCCCUGACCACAGGAUCAGCAGGAAACUGUCUCCAGUAGAGAUUUACUACGAGAUGAGGACACGCCGCAACUCUGUCACAAGCUCUGUUAGCCCAACUCACUCGCUACCAAGAAGUGCGUCUAACGUUGAAGGUAGAAGUGUUCCAGCGACUCCUCUCCUGGCCCGAACUGCUCCAAUCAGCGUUCAUGUCCGGUCAGAUGCACCGGGCGGUAAUGGGUUGAAGCAGUGGUCUGGCAGCCUGGAUGUCCCGUAUAUGAUUCCAUUGGCCCCUGAGGGCUCAUCCUCUGACCGCCGAGGCUGCCCGUACAGCUCCCGAGCCAGACGCAGUAACAGCUCUGAGGCCCUGUUGGAUAGAUCGAGUCUCCCUGAUGAUCCAGCAACCAGAAACGGGAUGCCCCCCAGAGGAGGGCCCUACAAGAGCUCAGAGACGCUGACUGAUGGAAAGCUGCGACACAUUCACCUGGGCAGCCCUGAGAGACAUGUGGACGGCUCUGUGGAACAGGCCAAAAUGCGUCUGUCCAUGGGCGGCAGAGGAGCUGGGGGAGGCUACAAUGAGCUAUUAAUGGACUAUAUCUGGGGGAAACAGCAGAGGAUGCAAGUGCAGCACCACCUGUACCAGUCCACAGGCAGGAUCUGGCAGGACAUGACCUCUCCUCGAUCCUCCACAGCGGUGGCGCCACCCCAUGCCAACGGCUUUUCUCAUUCCCAGGUGCAUCUCCCCAGCGCUGCACCUCCUUACAGCCCCAUGGUCCUCCGAGGGUCCCAAGCCGAACUGCGCAGGGUCAAAGUCACAAGAACCAAAUCUUGUGGACCCUUUAUUCCUUUGCAGCAACAUCCCCAGGAUGCAAUCCUAUUAUCAGCAUACGAGUCUCCCCUUCCUGCCACUGGCACCACCACAUCCUCCAUCCCCAACCUGCACCCCUACCAGACUGAGCUGUCUGGCCCCUCCUUCAGUCGCAGACCCCCACAGUUCUCUCUCCCGACCCCAGAAGACUCAACCAGAAGCCUGCAUAAAGCCCUGGCUCUGGAGGGACUGAGGGACUGGUACCUGAGGAAUGCCCUCGGCUAUCCACCUGCUGCCUCUAAGGGCCACGAGGCAGGGAUCUCUCGCCUUUCACAUCCCCACCCGCUGGUGCACCAGGCCCAGUCUGUACAAGGGGAAGCAGCCAACCUCCACAGGCCUCAGAUACCCCAGUCAGCCAGCUUCCACGGUCUCCCACUGCAUGGAAGGUCGAUGGAGUUCUCUCUGUAUCAGGAGACUCCUCAUCCACAGAUGCAAGAGGUGACCCCAAAGGAACCCAGCGCAGACCCAGGCACCCUAGUCUGAUGCAGCAGAACACACACACACACACACACACACACACACACACACACACACACACACACACACACACACAGUCACACUCUUACACAGACAAAUUGAUACAAUGUGACCUCAAUUGCAAAGCAAAACACGGCAACCUCAGCAGAAAGAGACUGGAAUAAAUGACAAACUGUAGCUGUGCAGUGUGAAAAAGCCUUGGCAAGUUCCCCGUGUUAUAACUGAUUCCACCAGUAUGAAAUUCAAACCCAGUGCUCUCAUGUGGAUGUGCACUGGUGUUGACUUACGGAGUAUGUAACAACAACAUGGUCAUGCUGUAUAUCGAUAUUUCUGGUCCAACACGAGCAGUGAAGUCCUUCCUAAUAACCCUGAAAAAGUCUCCCAAGAUAUACUUUUUUACAGAAUAUAUACAACUCUAAAUCACUAUUUUGUAUCUUCUGAGAUAUAAAGAACAGUUAUACUAAAGAGGUAAUUUAUUGCUCAUUAAUCGCGUGAUAUACAAAGAUGUUAUAUGAGCUCAUGUCAUUUGAAAAGUAUUAAUACAUGCUGAUGAAUGUGUGUUUGUAAACUAUAUAAAACGCAAAAACAAGCUUCAGUCCUCAUCUGCCAUUAAUUUCACAACCAUUUGUAUUUUUCAUGUUUGAUAAAUGAAACGGGCCAUGAACUGUAGCGUACUAGUGUAGCAGGACGGGAGUGCCUAAAUGUUUUAAUAUCAAAACUAAACCUUGGUUAGAAAACUUUAAAGUGCUUUCUAAUAAUCUGAAAUGCUAGCAUUAAACCUCGGUGAGCUUAGUCCAAUCAAAAACUGAAAGCAGUUCACGAUGUCACUAAAUUAGGAUAUUUGGAAUGAUGUCAUAUAUAUUGUGAUUUUUCUUGGUUUUGUUUUCUAGAUUCAGCUCUGUGCUGGCUGAUAAAUGUAGCUUUCUCUGUGCUGACCUUGCCAGAAUAAUUAGACUAGUUUUAGGAAAAAACCUGAGGGCUGUUAUGAGACCUACUGUAUGGCAGUAGCACAUGACUGUAUGACAAUAAUUUACACAUAUCAAAUCAUAUUUUUUUUCUACAUUUAGUUGUGGAGGAUUUGAGUGUCAUACAGAGCACUUUAUGAACAUCUUAAGCCUUAAUUCCCUUUGAAAUUGUCACCAUGACAGAUGACAGGCAGUAGGAAGGUUCAGACAGGGUUUACAACCGGGAAAAGUAAAGUGAGUUUUGUCAAAAUCUGCUGAAGGUCUAUCUGAAUGUUAGUCUGUAUAUAGCGUGGAUUGUACUGAUGAGUUUCAAGCUGAUAUUUUACUCCCAUACUAACAUUGUAAUUUUUAAACUAACCUGAUAAAAAAGUAUUUAAUCACGAUAACCUCCCCCAGUCCUUCCACCCCCAAGUGAGCACUAUAUAAUUGGUUGUAGGAAGGGAGGUUGAUGGUGUGAAGAGAAUAGGGCUGCUGCAGUAAUGACUGAUGGUGUGAGCAGGUCUCAUACCAGAAAAUUUGUUUAUGAGAAUUGAUGCUGGCUGAUUUUUGUAUUUGUAAUGAUUUCGACUCAUUUCAUGUGUUUGGUUUUUGUGUUGUUAAAAAAACAAACAAAAAAAAAACCUUUUUAAACAUUUUUUUAAAAAUCAGAAUAGUUAUGCACCAUAAUACAUUUCUAAGUUGUUGUAACCAGAGUCUUGGUAGCAUUAUGCAUUGUAAACAUGAGAAAAAUCAGAUCUAGAAAUAAACUCUUCAGUGAAACUAAAAAUAUUUGUCUUGGUGUAAACAGAACUCAACAUAUUUUUUAAGUAUUUUUUUUUCCAUUAAUGUACUUGACCUUUGGCCAUCUUAGGACUCAUUUGAAUGUAAUUCUUUACGUGUGUCAUAAGUGCUGUUUUUUACUCUGUUACAAGCUGUAGCACACCAUGAAAUGUUACCUGGUUUCUUCUGCUGUCUGAUGUUCACAUCCUCUCAGUAUCCAGCUUCAUAGAGCUUCUUUCAGCUGGUUAAAACCUGAAAUCAAAGACCAAACUGCUGUGCACUGGGGGUCGUAAAUGUAUUUUUCAUAUAAUGUACUCUGUAAGUUUAAAAUAAAUAAUAUAAAUUUA